CUAAUUAUUUUCUCUCAAGAAGAUUAAAAUGGACUGAAACACUGUAAUAGUGUUUGUGUUCACUUAGAUAAAAUGACUCCACUAUCUCAACCAACUCCUCAUCAAACACCCCUCUAUUCAGCCCCUUGUUCUGCCUUUUCCACCCACCACUUUGAUUCCUCAUGGCGUCGAAAACGCCCGUGACCUCCCCAGCGGUGGCUUUAUAUCAAUGAUAGCAGCUUUAGUUGGUCUCUAUGAUCCCAUUGUUAACUGGUUUCGAAACCAUCCCUCCCCGCCCGUGGCUAUUAUUUCUGAUAUGUUUUUUAGCUGGACCAAUCGGCUCGCUGGAGAGUUGAAGAUUUCACGCUAUGUUUUUUCGCCUUCUGGGAUAUUAGCUUUGUCUGUUGUUUGGACUUCAUGGCGGGAUAUGCCUAAGAGAAAUGAUCCAAAGGAUGAGAAUGAGGUGAUCAAGUUUAGCAAUAUUCCAAAUUGUCCAUCUUAUCCUUGGUGGAAGCUAUCACCGUUGUUUAGGAGUUAUGUGCAAGGGAAGUCACAAUCCGAGCUUUUUAGAGCUUCGAGUCUAGAAAAUGUUGCAAGUCGUGGAAUCAUUUUUAACUCAUUUACGGAAUUAGAGAAAAUUUAUUUGGACUAUUUGAAAAAGUUUUUGGGUCAUGAUCGGGUCUGGACGGUUGGACCGCUGCUCCCUUCAGAAGAAGAGCGAGUAGAAAGAGGCGGGUCUAAUGAAAUUUUAGCUAAGGAGAUCAAAUCAUGGCUUGAUCAAUUCGAAAAUCAGACAGUUGUGUAUGUCUGUUUUGGAAGUCAAGCUGUGUUGACAAAUAAGCAAAUGGAAAUGCUAGCAUUGGGAUUGGAGAAGAGCGGUGUCCGGUUCCUUUGGUCUUACAAGGAACCUACCAAGGGACACACGGUAGGAGAAUAUGGCAUGAUUCCAUCAGGCUUCGAAGAUCGCGUAUCUGGCAGGGGCCUUAUUGUGAAAGAAUGGGCUCCGCAGGUCGCGAUAUUGAGUCACCCUGCCCUGGGUGCUUUUUUAACUCAUUGUGGGUGGAAUUCGGUGCUGGAGUCCAUUGCAGCGGGAGUGCCAAUGUUGACAUGGCCAAUGGGGGUUGAUCAGUUUACAAAUGCUAAUUUGUUGGAGGAGCUUAGGGUGGGAACUAAAGUGUGUGAGGGAGAAAAAACAGUUCCUGAUUCGGACGAGUUGGCUCGACUGCUGGCCAGUUCGGUGGGUGAUGCAAAAGGAGUUCGAAUAGCAAGGGCCAAGGUGUUGAGUAAAGCAGCGCGAGAUAGUACAGGAAACGAUGGAAGUUCUUACAGGGCUCUUGAUAGUAUAGUGGAUCAGUUGUCCAAACCCUAAACAACAUUCUUAUAUGAUCAUCUCGGAUGAUUUGGCACCCUCCAAAAUCAUCUACUUUGUGGCAUGUCCAAAUAUAAUCUUUGUUAUGUUCUCUGUUACACGUCACGUCACUUCCAACUAUUGGGUUCACCAAAAGAAACUAUCACCCACUUUACACGGAUGCCAACUUUUGACAUCUCGUGCCACUUCAUAAAAUAUUUGCAAUUCUAACAGAAGGCUAACAAGUAACAAUGAUGUUCUAUCACGUCAUGACAGGAGCGUUGACACCCCUCUUGACAUCUUUAUUGGAGAUAUAUUGAAGAAAACUUUUAUUUUUUCUAUUAUAUAUAUCAAAA